AUGGAUAUUGAACAAGAACAUAAGAUGUGUUUCUUGAUAUUAAUUGGACUGCCGGGAUGUGGAAAAACUACAUUUUGUUCAUAUUUAGCAAAUUGUUUGGAAGAUUCCAAGCACGUUGUUGACCCUCCAUUUCAUUUCUUAGUGCAUGUGUGUUAUGAUAAAAUUAUUAAUACUUCUGAUAAUGUGCCAUGGAAUGAAGCUCGAAGAAAAAUUGCAAGCACGAUAGAUGAAAUGACUGGAAAACUCAAAAACACCAAAGACCCACAAUUAGUAGUAAAUGAAUACAACAUGAAUAUCAUUGUAAAUAAGGCUGCAGUUUCAACACGUUCUCUAAUUCUGAUAGUAAUAGAUGAUAACAUGUACUAUAGAAAUAAACCUUACAAUCAUAAUUCCCUUGAUCCUUUGUAUGCAAUAAUAAUGGCAGCAUUUUCUCAUCCAGUGAAACCAGUUUCUGAGAAUUUACAUAAGGAACAGUCUCAAUUCAUUUGUUCUUCAAAUAUAAUUCAUCAAGCAGAUUUAGCCCUUCGAAAAAUUAUCGGCAACAUACUUAGAGAAAAUACGGCUUACGAUCACAAACAAAUGCAGCAAUUAUCUACAGAUUUGAAAAUUAAGAAGCAAGAUCUGUUACAGAAAUUGAAAUUGGGAGAAUUACAGUUACCUAAAGAAAUAAUUGAAGGAACAGAACUUAGUGAUAAUAUUCCAAAUGAACUCUCUGGGUGCAGCAAAGACAGCUGGCAACUGAACGAAACAGAGAAAGAGAGAGAUCAAAGAAGUAUGUUGUUAACUUUGUAUUAUCUGGCUGCAACAUGGAUCCAGUCUUGGCGUCUGAAUUCUAUGAGAACGAAAAUUCUAAAUGUAUUGAGUCAUAAUGGAACAUUGGUUUUAUACAAAGAACUUGAUUCUACUCCCACGGACUCAGAAGGAACUUUCAGUGUGCAGUUAACAGGAGUGAGUUCUUCUAGUUGCUUAAAUAGCAGUGAAGCACGAGUUGGAGAUCUCUUAUGGUAUGUAGGAAGCAAGAGGGGUUGUUCUGUCUUUCCUCAGCAAAAAGUUAAUGCAAAUUAUUGGAUUAGUUUUCACAAUGAGAAGUCUUUAUUUCCUUUGGAAAUUUCUGGCAUAUCUCCAGCAGUUUUGGUUGAUGAUCUCAAACUUUAUUUGUUAAUUGAAGCUAACUAUUUGAAAGCAGAUGGAGUGCGGAGUUCAAGUUACUGUCAAUUAGAGCAAUAUGGAAUACCACGUGCUUGGAAAGCUGGGGAUCAAUUUGCGAUCAUUUUGGAAUCUGAUGUUGAUCACCUUGCAAAAUUGGGCUCAACAUUUAUGAGUAAUCUAUUGUCUAUUGAUGAUGGAAUGGAGAUAGUUCGUGUUCAAAGUCGUCCAUGCCUUUUAUUGAAUACUGAUUCAAUUCCCAUUACUCGAGCACCAACCAGAAUUGAAGAUGGAGCUGUUUCUCCAGGGGCAGAACCUGUGGCAUCGCAGUGUAUGGGUCAACAGAUGUCCCCAGUGCAAUGGCAGACCCACAUUGAACUUCUACAGAGCUUCAGUGCUGCUGCUGUUGAGGCUUCUAAUUCUGAAUCACAAGUUGGCGUUUCUGCAUAUCCCUCAGCAUUGGUGACAGCUGGGAAUCGAGCUCUCACCCUUGACUAUCCUACAGUGGUGACCCUUCCAGAGACAGCCGACUGUUUCCCAGUUGUCAAUUUAAGUCGUAUGGCUCGAGAGGAGGUGCAGAGUCGCAGCAGCCUCAAUCUUGCCACCCAAGCAGGCGGCAGCAGCAGUGGGACAGCCAGUGAUGUGGCCCCCAUUCCCAGUCCUGCUCGAUCUCACCAGCCUGGCUUACCUGAGGCUCAGCGAAGCAGUGAGUCAUUCACCAGCUGUGUCCAGGAGAUUGAAAUUCCUUCACCAGAUCAGGAAGCUGGACCUUCCCCUGAAAGAAAAGAAGGUUCCCCUGGAACAAGUCAAGAGGAGGCUCCUCCAUUGUCCUCACCAAGAGAGUCAAAGAGCAGUGACUCAUUCUGUUCGCUUGGCUCUGCCAGCACGGUGUCUAUUGGAGACAAGACGAAGGCUUCAGAGGCUCCUCCAGCCAAUGGACAGUCACGACCAGCAGCACCCUUGUCUCUAUCCUUCGCUCACAGUCAACCACUCCGAAUUGGUUCAGGUCCAAAAGUGAAGCCUCCAAAUGUACUUGUGUUUUCGGAAAGCAAUGUAACAGUGGAAGAUGUGAAGACCGUUCUACACUCAACAUUACACAGGCACAAGUAUACUAUCUACCCUGUGAAUAGAGAACAAUUAUUAUCAGCACCCUGGAUGGACAACACUUUAUUGGUGGUGGUGUGUGGGAAUGUACCUGAAACAUUAGCACCUCUUUUUCUGACAUACGUGUUGGCUGGAGGACGUAUGCUGUGUUUGUGUUCAGAUCUACUUCACUUGGUGUUGCCUACUUUCCGAACAGCAGAAGUACGUGAGCGAGAGUUGGUACGGUUUUCAUACAGUCGUUGGCGGGGAGUGCACUUGAUGCACCAUGUAUUCUGCUAUCAAGCAUCUCCAGCCCGUACCCGAUUCUCUCGCCAAGAUGCCACUACUGUAUCAGAAGAAGCACCACCUACAUCUGACGGAGCUAGGUUAUCACCACCUAAAACACCUGCCUCAGUUGAAGUGGUGGAUGCAGAAAACAAACCUCACACAUUGCAAGUUCAGGUCCUGGGAACAGAGGAAACAUGGCACUCUCCAUCACUCUUGCUUGCUUCUGCAGGGAAUUCUGGAGGUCGAAUUGUCUUUUCUCAGGUACAUUUGGAAGUAGAUCCCAGUGAAUACUCAGCAGAUGCAAGUCUGGCCGGCACCUUGCGUGGAAGUGAACAAGCUCGACAUGAGAUUUUGCAAGAUCUUUUGAGCCAGCACUUAGGCCUAGAAUGUGCUCCUACUCAGCCUGAACCUACAAAUUCGCCUGCUUAUUUCCUUGGUCGUCAUGAACUUAAACUUGAAUUAUUGAGCAGAUUGGGGUCUCAUUUUGUUCCUGGAUCUGAUAACACUUUGCGGCUACCCCGACUUACUUUGCAGUUCUGUGGCAAAGGUGUGGAACCAGGCCGAGCUACUGCAUCACAUCUGCCUGUGCUUGUACAUUCUUGUCCUGCCAAUUUCUCUACUGUUGAAUACUUUGAAAAUUUACAUUCUGAAGUACUGGGCCGUUUAAUGAUUUACUGUGAAGUCAUGGGUAGCUCUAUGGAUGUAGUUACAGGCAUCACCCUUCAUCAUGGCCUGGCUGUGGUACCAUGCCAGCAAACUAGAGGUAUCCUCAAUUUACGCCUCAAGUGGCCAAAUGACAUAUAUCAUGGAAAUUCAGUGAAGCUUGGUGGUCUAAUUGUUAACUGCACUAUAGAUAAAUCUACAGUAGUGUGCAACAUUGAUUCAAUGGUUAAUUAAGAGGAGAUUGCAGAGGAAAAGGAUGCAAGUCAUUGAUAAUGAUGAGAAAUGGAAAUAGAAUAGUCCCGAGGAAAAAAUAUGUUUGGAGGACCCAAAGACAAAAAAGCAGGUGAGGGGUGGAUGUAGGGAUGGCAAGGAGAAAAGAUGGAGAGUAGAAAAAAAAAUAAGAGAAGAAAAGAGGAAAUGUAAGGAUAAGAUUUUUGGAAUGUGGCAAGACUAGCAAACUAAGACAAUGAAGUUUGAAAGGAGGUGACACUGUUGAAUGUGUUGAUGGAAACAUGGUUAGAAGAGGAAGACAUCAUGGAAUGGAAAGAAGACACACAUAAAACUAUUGAUGGAUAAUACAAAGAAUAUUUAAGAAGGGAAGGGCAACGGGAGGUGUUAACAAGAGUUAGAAAGGAAUUUGAGGAGGACAGGGUAAUGAUAAGAAGAAUAAUGGUAGAAACUAGUGCUGCUACAACAGCCAUACUUCU